CAAUAGUUAUUAUACAAUAAUAACUGCAGUAUACUGGCCUGUCAGUCAUCUUGUCACAGUUAACGUCCUCAUACACACACUCCGCAUUUCAGCAAUUUAAUUUACACUAUUCAGCAAUUCUUCCAACCGUAUUGGAGAGAAAAUAAGUAGCACGUUGAUCUGCCAGUCGUGGGUCUUUCGUGUGGAAAACCCUCCUCAUGUUUUUUGCAUAAUGAUGCAUUUAAAAGUUAAUGGCCAAACGUAUCUUUAUAAAAGUUCACAAUGUUGUUGCAGAUGAAUUAAAUAUUUUUCCAUCAGGUUAAAUUAUUAAUCAAAUCCCAGCCUCACAUAUCCGCCGUGUUUGUAGUUUUUGAACACUUUUUAUUUGCGUUUGCAGUUCUGAACCAAAAAGCACAAUGGGUUGUGGGCAAUAUUAGCCAUUAGAGCGUACACGGAUCUGCACUUUGAAUUUCCACCAGAAGUGGUAGACCAUUCAGGUACUUUCAACACACUGCGAUUUGGGACACACUGUAUUUAUGAAUACUAUUUAGGACAGAUAGUUUUUUUCUUUGGAAUAAUGUGCGCACAAUAAGACCAGGAACUUGAUUCAUGUUUUGACUCGAAGGUCAUACGCUAAGUACUAGCUAAUGAUUAAAUCAUUUAAAUCAUUUGAGUGAUAAUUGAUCACUAUAAAUACAAACAUAUAUGGUUUCAGAACAUUUCAGUAGCUGUUUCUUGAUAAGCACUCUGUUUAGCUGUUAGAUGACGUCGGUCUUCUCUUUAGUUAACCCGUGGGUCUGUCAGUAAUUGGGGUGAUGCUCUUUGUGUGUUUGUGAGUUAUAUUCCAUGUGCUCUUCACCUCCUCUGCCUGUCUGCUAAUUGGUCAUUAUAAUGUGCUGGCUGACUGGUUUCAUUCUUAUCCUUAUUAGCCCUCCGCUAAACAUGAGCAGUUUUACGUUCUCAAAACAUACUAGGUUAUUUGAGGAUCUACUCUCAUAUAAUGACGUGGGUUAGCCCACAUCUUCACCCUUCAAUGAUCCUAACAAUCAUGAUCAGUGAGUUUCAUUUAUGAGAACACGCCCAUAACCACUUAAUUUGCUUUUAAAAUGUCUUAAGCUUAGUUUGAUCAUUUGUUUUUAUGGUAGCAAUCAAAUGGCAUGGCAUUGUGGCAGUGUGCCGCAAGGAUGAAAGUAGAUGAAUUAUUCAGUUUGAACGAUAUCUGAUCUUAAAGGUUCUGUCAGUUGCUGAGAGGGAAGAGAGAAUAGAGGGCAAAGUCUGGAACAAUGUGAUUUACCCAAGUAGGACAUGUUCCUGGAUCAACAGCCUUUGUUGGUCUUGGAACAACAUUCCUGUCAAACAACCAUAUCCCUAAUGGUGCAUUUCAUGCAAACUCGGAUGUGGGCUAUUACUACCCUAUCUCUGGCUUCUGAAUAUAUGUAUGCAUAGAGAGUAUAUAUAUGUAUAUAGAAAGAAUUCUUGCACACUUUAAUGUAGGAACUUUGACAUAUUUGCUACAUUUACAUGGACACCUUUUACUUUUACAAGAACGCUAAAUUUUUUGAUGUGCGUGUUUAUAUGUCACAAGCUUCAAAUCAGACUUGAUUUUUUUUUACAUGCGCACAUUGUAUAAAUACAGAGUUUCCUGUUGUUGUUUCGGGUCCUAAUUAGGAGACGACGAGCACAUGAAGCUUUGUGCCAUGCUGCUUAUAUUUAUAAAGCAGUGAAAAUGGCCCUUCCCACAUCUGUGGAUGAGAGUCCGAAGCAAGGACUGGUGGGACAACUUUGUCCUACACCUCUUCACAGAUAAUGGGUGGCAGGAGAAUUUUAGAAUGACACGAAAAACAUUUAUGACACUAUGGCCCUAUCAAGUAGACAAGGGAGACACAUUCCUGUUUACACCCGGUGUUUUAAUCAGUCUCAUUUGUCCUCUGUCGACCGCUUCUGUCCUUAUUACUUCGAGUGGAGGGUUUAGGGCGGGUCCCUCUGAUUUUGUCAAAACACCAGCGGGAGGGUUAAAUGUCGACCACGAGGAUUCAUUGCUUCUUUUUUUGUGUUUCAAAAUAAACUUUCUGCUUCAGCCCAGCAAAACUUAAAUGCCACCUGACCAAUAACAUGUCCCACAAUGAUUACAUAUUAGGUCAGUAGGCAGACGUUAGUAGCUGUUUGAAUGCAUUCGAGUGUCUACACCAUAGAUAUAUAUACAUAGAUGCCUCAUUAUCGGCUGUUUCUAUGGGACUCUAUACAUAAGUCGUCCGCCAUAUUGGAAUGGUCAAAGCCGGUCAGUGAACAUUCGAGAGAAAAACGACUGUGUGUCUGCAACCAUAGUUAGACACGUAUAAAUAUCUAUUUAUGCAAUACACUUCAGCAGGUGAUUUUGCAAAAUUAACACAAUACAAUAACAUGAAAGCAUCAGCAAAGACGACAUAAAAAGUUACUAUAUUUUAAAAACCUGUAAUAUUGAGUUAAUACAUAUAAAAACACUAACCACAUAAACAAUCUGUGAAAGGUUAUCCCAUUUCUUAGGAAAUUUAAAUCUCUGAUUUCACAAUCAGAAGCUGCGCGAUAUUGUGGCAUCAUUGAUUCUUACUGUGAGUGACGACAUGUUGACUGUUCCAAGAUGGCGGGUGCACUGAUGUGUCUAUAGUGUUUACAAACGGAUUAUUAUGGUCCAUGUAAACGCAGCUACUGAUGCAUUUUAUUUGUUAAACUCUGUGGAUCCCACUUUGUUCACAUCAUAAAACCUUGAAAAUAUGAUUAAAAUAUUGUAAUUAUGAACUUAUUCAGCUUGAUGUGGGAGUUUGGGGGUCAACUGAUAUUUAUAUGUAUGUUGUAUAAAUAAUUUUCUUACACAAGUGAAUUUACUGAAAACUACCAGGAAAGCUAUGUAACUAACAUUUACAAUAUGUGAACAUUAAUUAUUAAUCUAAUGCAUAAUAUGCGUAAAACGCUUCAGUUAAUGUUUCUUGUCUCAUGACAUUGACAGUUACAUUAAUUAUGUAAAUAUUCAGAAUGAGUCAAACAUUUGUUUGCAUAGCUGAUAAAUUCUGUCCGUCGUUUAACAUUUCUAUCGCAAAACAGCUUUCAAAUAUUAAAUGUUUCUAUGCGCUAUGUGCAUCUUAUCUCGCACUUUAUGAGUGUCAACUGAAUUGUCGCUCUGCAAUUUGUGCUAUAGCAGCCUCUGUGAACAGUAAAGCCCGCCUACUUUGAUUUGAUUGGUCAUCUCAAACAUUUUGACAUUGGCGACCGCUAUUAGAUCACUGAGAAAGUCUUGCUGUUGUGCAAUAUCCUUGCAGCACUCAAGUAUUAAAGUUAAUAUUGGACAGUUAUUUUACAACAUUUAUAUACACCUCGGACAAAGUUGGGUACGGCCAAGAUUUAGUUCACAAUUGUACUGUCAAUGAAAAAUAGCAAUAGAGCUUGCCAGAAAAUACCCAAUUAGCACGUUUAUAAAGAGACAGAUUUGUGUGACUAAGCUACAUUUCCCAUCAUCCUCUGUGGCAGCACAAGAAAGGCACCGAUUAGAAAGGAAGAGAAAUAUGAAACUGUCAAGAGAAUUAAUUUUAUUCCAACUACAAUCUCAUAAAUAGGACCUUGAUCUCAUAAAUAGAAACUUCCCAGGAGAACCUGAAUGCAAAAAUGCUGCUCCAGUUGGGUAAAUCACAUUAAGUGCAAAGUCUCAGCUCACAGAAAGAUACUAAAACAGUUUCAAUUAAUUUUCAACCAAUCGCUUGACCCGACGGCUGACUGAAUUGACUGACUGACCCAUCCAUCCAUUGUGUCGGAGAGACAACCGUGUAGUUUCUAAUUGUGUCUUUACACCACGUUCCCUCUUCACUUACUUGUCCGGGGCUGUGAUGGCUGCACUCAGGACCGGAAGCGCAGCUACAAAGCAGUGCAGUCAUGUGAGGAAGGGGUGACAUCUGGAGAGGCCCUCGCGGCCUUGGCUCAGAACUCAACAUACAUGCACAAUGUGCUCGGGCCUGCCUGCAUCUUCCUCCGCAAGGGCUUCGCUGAAAGCCGGAAGGCUGUACAACAGAGAGCUGAGACCAGAGGAAAUGGAUGAGCUACGAGAAGCCUUCAAAGAGUUUGAUAAAGACAAAGACGGCUUCAUUGGCUGCAAAGACCUGGGGAACUGCAUGAGAACCAUGGGAUACAUGCCCACUGAGAUGGAGCUCAUCGAACUGAGCCAGCAGAUCAACAUGAACCUCGGGGGACAUGUGGAUUUUGAGGACUUCGUAGAGUUGAUGGGCCCCAAACUUCUGGCUGAGACGGCAGAUAUGAUCGGAGUAAAGGAAUUGAGAGACGCUUUCAAAGAGUUUGACACCAACGGAGACGGUCAGAUCAGUACAGCAGAACUAAGAGAGGCAAUGAAGAAACUGCUGGGCCAGCAGGUAGGUCACAGAGAUUUGGAGGACAUACUGCGGGACAUCGAUUUAAACGGAGACGGGCACGUCGAUUUUGAAGAAUUUGUGCGAAUGAUGUCUCGCUAGAGGAAAGGUGGACGAACCCCAUCAAAAACCGGAUCUCCUGUGCUCUGACAUAGGGAGAGGAGGAUAGAGGAGGUGAAGAGGAGAGGAAAGAUUAUGAUGAAAUGGGAGCAGCCUCACAAGAGGAACUUCUGAAAUAUGACCUCUGACCUCAAAGCACAAAUGAAAGAGCUGCACUAUAGCCCUCCAUGACAGCUUUCAUGAAGCCAACAGUGGGAAUGAGAGGAUGCCUCACUAAUACUGUGAUAUAUAUUUGUGUAACAGGUUUUUUUACCCCAUAAAAAGCCUGCGAGGGGUCUGAUGCAAAAACCGCCCCGAGAGCAACCUUUCAAAAGAGCGAGCGAUCAAACUUCUCAGCUAAUAAGCAUCAAAAUAUCCAGUACUAUAAUUUACUGGCAUCUCACACCUGACAGUAGGGUGCAUCAAACUGCAAUAACAUUGCUGUUUCAUUAAGCUAUUUAUUAAUAUUUGUAAACUGUAGAGAGAUGAGUGUGUAGAGUUUCCCUUUAAAAGACUCUGGCUGUUUUACAGUAGCCUAUGAUAUAUUAGAUUAUCACAAAGAUUUUAUUUUAUAUAUCAAUGUACUGGGAAAUGCUGGAAAUCUUUGCUAUCAAUUAUUUGCUAUUUAUUGUAUACAUCGGACCUAUGCACUACUGUAUGUCUGGACAUAUUUUUUGAAAUGUUGAGAAAGAUUUGCCAUAAAGAACUGCCCUUGUUUGCACAUUGUCUUGCAUGAAUGCUAGUGCUGAUACAAUUAUGAGUCAACACAGCGGAGUAGCCUACCGUAAGCAUACUUUGUGUAGUUUUGUCCUGUAUUUAAAUGUUGCGAGUUCAGUUAACAGAUGAGCGUCUUUGACCUUAAUUCACUAUUUGAGAGUGUGUGUGUGUGUGAGAGAGAGGUUGGAUUUCUUGUAUCUUAUUUGUGUGAUUUCAAGUUUGUCUUAACUGAGUUAUUCUAUGCAUGCCAAAACAACUUUUUGUAGAGUGUAGAUUUCAUUAAAGAGUUGUGCAAUCAAA